UACACGUUAUGCCUUUUGGCUUAACCAACGCGCCUUCGACGUUCCAGUUAACCAUGAACGAAGUUUUUCGGCCGCUGCUGGAUAAAUGCAUCAUUGUGUACCUCGACGACAUCCUGAUAUACAGCACUACCCGGGAACAGCAUUUGAAGGAUUUGGCAGCGGUCUUCUCUCUUCUGCAGCAGCAUCGACUCAUCACCAAGGGUUCUAAGUGCGAGUUUCUGAAACAAGAACUGGAGUUUUUGGGACACGUUAUUUCCAUCGACGGUGUUAAAUUCGACCCGAAAAAAAUCGCGACCAUACAAGACUGGAAGCCGCCGGCUAGUCUCCGAGAACUUCAAAGUUUCCUGGGGUUUGUGAAUUACGUUCGCCGGUUCAUCCCGAACAUGGCGGGGGUAACUUCCCCUCUCACGGAUCUUCUUAAGAAAGGCAAGUUUUAUGAGUGGGGGGGAGAGCAGCAGGCUGCGUUCGACCAACUCAAACUUUUCCUGACAACACCUCCGGUUCUUCGCAUUGCAGAUCCUCAACGUCCGUUCGAACUCAUCACCGACGCUAGCGACCUGGCUGUUGGUGCAGUACUGUUACAGGACUUCGGCGAAGGCCUCCAACCCAUCGCCUACGAGUCACGCAAGCUGAAUCCGGCCGAGCGAAAUUAUCCUGUCCACAACAAGGAGUUACUCGCCAUCGUUCAUGCUUUCAAGGUUUGGCGCUGCUACCUGACGAGCGCCGAUGCGACAGUCCGAACAGACCACAAAUCGCUACUGUUCAUCCGCGCCCAACCGACACUCAAUCCCCGACAGAUUCGCUGGCUCGAUUAUGUCGAGUCAAAUCUCCACUACAGAGUCACCUACAAACGAGGGGCCAACAACAUCGUCGACGCACUGACCCGCCCUUCAGUCCAUCCCGCCGAAGUCCUAAUCACCCAAGCUAAUCCGCUGCUAACUGGACUAUUCACCCACGGAUACAGUACCGAUCCAUUCUUUACAACUAAUAAAUGAAUAAUAGAACUAGAAUGUGUGA